UGAGUAAAAAUAAAAAUGCAGACUUUUACUCAAUUACAUUUUUGACAUUUACUUGUACUUUCUACUCCUUACAUUUCUAGAAGAAGACUUUGUUACUAGUUACAUUUAUCCUAGGUUUUCCUGUUGUGUUUCGUGGAUAUUUGAGUAGCCUCAGCUGCGGGCAGGGAGGCGGGACCAAGCCCAUCUUCCAAACUGACACCCAGACAGAAAAGAUACUUUAAAAAAACAUUAACAGGACUCCAUAGUCAUGUUCAAAUAGAACCGAAAACCGCUGCAGAAACGUUUUCCUAUUGGAUCAAGUAGGCAGACUUGGAGAAAGACAGCCAUUGCUAGCAUGGCUGUGGUGGAGGGCGUGUUCUCUCUGUCCGGUGUUCUGCUGGCGCUGGUUCUGCUGCUGGUGCUCUACGUGAUCUCGGCCGGAGAACGUUCCUCCAAGAGCAGCCUGGAGCCGCCGGAACCGCCCGGGCCCACACCCCUCCCCCUGCUGGGGAACCUGCUGAGCCUGGACCUCAAGAAAACACACAGCAGCCUCUGUGAGCUUGCUCGUCAGUAUGGCCCGGUGUUCACGGUGUAUCUGGGCCCUAAGAAGGUGGUGGUCCUGGCGGGCUACAGAGCAGUGAAGGAGGCCCUCGUCACGCAGGCGGAGGCCUUUGAGGACCGCGACAUCACACCGGUCUUUCACGACCUCAACCAAGGCCACGGUCUGAUAUUCAGUAAUGGUUCUAACUGGCGUUCCAUGCGCCGCUUCAGCCUGGCUGUGCUGCGUGAUCUGGGCAUGGGCAGGAGCAGCAGUCAGCAGCGCAUCCUGGACGAGGCACGCCACCUGCUGGACACCUUUAGCAACUACAAAGGUGAGCCCUUCGACACGUCUGCUCCUCUGAACUACGCGGCCUCCAACGUCAUCUCCUCCAUCGUCUACGGAACUCGAUUCUCAUUGGACGAUCCCUACUUUACUCGCAUGGUGCAGAGGGCCAAUCACAACUUCAAACUCUCAGGAUCCGCCUCCAUGCAGGUGUAUAAUCUCUUCCCCGCAAUUGGUCGGUGGGUGCGUAACCGUGAGCAACUGGUGCGUAACAGCAAGGAGAACCAAUUAGACAUGAGCUCUCUGAUUGGUCGGCUGAGGGACUCACUAAACCCCGCCGACUGCCGAGGAUUCGUCGACGCCUUCAUCAUGAGGCAGCAUACAGAGCAGAAGGCUGCUGGGGGUUCUGAGCCCGUGUUCCAUGAGAAGAACCUGGUGAACUGUGUCUCCAACCUCUUCUCAGCCGGAACCGAUACCACCGGCACCACACUACGCUGGGCACUACUGCUGAUGGCCAAGUACCCACACAUACAGGAGAGAGUGCACGAGGAGCUGGAGCGCGUGAUUGGCUCUCGGCUGCCGGUGGCGGAUGACAGGCGGUUGCUCCCGGUAACGGAUGCGGUCCUUCACGAGACGCAGCGAUUGGCCAACGUGUUUCCCAUGAGCCUGCCGCAUCGCACCACCCAGGACGUCAACAUUAUGGGAUACCGCAUCAAGAAGGGUACAUCUGUGUUUCCUCUGCUAGCGUCGGUGCUGAAUGAUGAGACUGAGUGGGAGGAGCCUAAUCGGUUCCACCCAGAACACUUCCUGGAUGCUGACGGAGGCUUCCGGAAGAGAGACGCCUUUAUGCCAUUCUCAGCUGGUCGUCGCGUGUGUCUGGGCGAGGCCCUGGCUAAGAUGGAGCUCUUCCUCAUCUUUGUGUCUCUGCUGCAGCGUUUCCGCUUCACAGCGCCCCCUGGGGUCUCGGAGGAGGAACUGGACCUCACGCCGGUGGUGGGCUCCACGCUAAAUCCCCCCCCACACAAGCUCUGCGCCCUGCCGCGCACAUAACAUUUAGCUACUUGUAUAUAUUACGAGCAGUUGCUGACUGUAGCUGUCAGAAUGGCAUCUGGGAUCUGUCUUUCUUUGAAUCUUUUUCUUAAUUUUUAAUUUUAUAUCCAGCUAUAUUAUGUACACAACAAUGUGUUAAUGAAACAUUAGUGAAACAAGUUCAAAAACAAGAACAAAAAAUAUGGUAACACUUUAUUUUAGGGAUACAUCUAUAAGCACUAAUACAUACAAUGUUAAUGCCUGCAUAAAUAACUUGUAAGGCAUGUACUAAGCAAACGCUAAGGCCUACUAGGUCCUUACUAAGGUUAAAUUGGUAAUAAAUCCCUUAUUGUGCAUGAUAUUUGCGAAUACAUGCCUAACAAAUGUGUGUAUGUACAGUAUUAGUGCUAAUAGAUGUAUCCCUAAAAUAAAGUGUUACCAAAAUGAUAAUCACACACACAGUAUCUCUGCAGCGUGUCAUGACUGUAACUGAGGUGUUCCCACGCAGUCCGUCCCCCCUCUGGUCUCGAACUCGCCACCUCCUAGUCUGUAGUCAAGUCCACCUUUGUAGAGUCCAAGACCAGAAUAAUCAAGUCCGAGACAAGUCAGAGUCCAAAGAGGUUCGAGUCCGAGACCAGACAGAGUCCAAAAGGAUUCGAGUCCAAGUCUGAGUCCGAGUCACAUGUCGGUCAGUGUUAAACAAUGAAAAGGAUGAAUAUCAAUAAAGCGGAUGUUUGAAGGUAAUCCAUAUGAAAUGGAUGUGAAGACAAACUUGUAUGUU